GGUGAAAAACUCAAUAUUUUAACCCAUCGUCAUGGCACCGUUAAUAACCAUUAAAAAUUGUAAUACGUGGCAUCAAAUAGUAACAUGAACGUUAUCCCGAUUCUGCUCUUCUUCUUUCCCGUCCCCCUGCAACCGAACAAGGGAACCCAGGCCCCCAACGCACCUCCCCUUGAGGAAACCGAAUUUUUGGAUUUGCCCUGCUCUGCUCUGUCCUUCCGCCAGCUGCUCUUGCUUGUGGAUUUCCUGAUUUUCCCCUGCACUGCUGCCGGCUUCUUCCCUCCACCAGGUCCGGUUUUGCUUGCUGGAAAAUUGUGGGUUUUUGAGUGUUCUGUCACCCGAGUACUUGGCUUGAGUUCCGGAUUUGAGGAAGCGAAGUCAAGGACGGGGAAAAACAAGGGGAGUGACGAGUUAGAAGGCUAGCCAUUUUGUAAAUUGAAUAUGGAUUUUAGAUAUAGAUCAUGAUCGUGUAAGCAAGAUUUUAAUUGGAGAUUUUAUAAAUUCAUUUAAUGGAU